AACACACUCUCUCAGGGUGAAACCAUAGUAAAUACAGUCAGUGGGUCAAUCACAGACAGAGAACAGUUACAGCAGCAGCAGCAGACAUCACCUCCUCUCGCAUGGAUAAGUUCUUGUUCCUGUUGGUCCUUCUGUCUCCAGCAGCUUCUGAUGUGGUACGAGUGAAACCUGGAAAUGACGUCAUUCUGCCAUGUCAGGCUGGUGAAGCCUCCAUCAGAGCUGUAGAGUGGAGCAGACCUGACCUGGAGCCAGAGUACGUCCUCUUUUACAGAGAUGGACGCUCAGAUCCAAUCCAGCAGCAUCCAUCCUUUAAGGACCGGGUGCAGCUGGUGGACAGAGAGCUGAAGGACGGAGACGUGUCUUUAAUUCUGAAGAACGUGAGCAGCAACGACGCUGGAACAUACGAGUGUCGAGUUGCAACAGAAGGAUCAAGACGUAAGAGAGCCGCCAUUGAGACUGAGCCAAUCAGAAUCAUCCAGCUGGAGGUUUCAGGGUCCAACAGCGGAGACGUCGAGGAGGGAAACUAUAGACUUUACUACGGACUGGGAGCAGCUUUUGUUCUGGUUUGUUCAGCUGCUGUUGUUGGAUUGGUUGUUGGCUGGAAAUAUAAAAAACAUACGGACAAGAAAACCAAACCUGAUGAAACAGUGAAUGAACAGGCCCUCUGACUUGUCAUAGAUCUGAGGGGAACAGAGAAAGAAUGGCUGCUAUUGAAGUGACCUAAGCUAGCAGAGAAAGAUAGCUGACAUGUGGACACAUCAGAUGGCGCUCCCGCAAAUAUCAGGUAUUUUAAAAACAAUCAGAGAGCAGACUAUAAAAGUACUUUGUUACAGUAAGGAGAGUAAAUGUAGCUGGUUGUUUGCAGCCUCAGCACUGAUGUAUCACAGGGAGCUUCAUGAACAGAUUAACCAGCUUUAAACAGAAACACAGCUUCUGAUGUCUGAAAUGUCAGCAAAACCUGUUGAAACCAGGUGGAAAGAGGUCUGUGUGUCUCAGAUCACAGCUAAUCAUACAUUGAAUCUCUUUUGUAAUUUGAUGGUGCCUUAUACAAAACCUGAAUAUAUUUAGAUGUUUUAAGCUAAUGAUAUUAAAAUAAUGUAGCCUUUCUAUCUACAAAGUAGAGUUACAUGAUCUGUACAGACGGACAUGAAGUCAUAAAAUAACAUGAAUAAUGCAAAAAGCAUGCGUGAUGUGUUAAAUAAAAUGAGGUAGGGACUAGAUAAACAUUUCUGAAUGAAUAACUUGCACUCUGCACAAAAGUGCUUACUAAAUACUAGUGAUACUAAACUGAUUACAUGUAGAUAAAAAUAUUUAUUUAUUUAUAAAACACAGUUAAAAGUAUCUCUAUAUAUGUGCAAAACAAAUGAAAAAGACUACACCUGUGGUCAAAGCACCUGAUACAACUCAGUAAGUCUGUCUGUACAGAGUUCACUGAUUAAGAAAUUAACCUCUGAGUAUAAUUUUAUCUACAAAAAUGGAAUUACAUUAUAUGUACAGAAAUAAUGUGAAUUAUAAAAAAAUGUUAGAUAAAACGAGGUAUGGAAUUUAAACACAUUUCUGAAUAAAAACAAGUUCAGUAACAGCUGACUGAUAUUCAAAUUGAUUCAAAUUUGCUUUAUUGGCAUGAAUGUCAAACAACAAUAUUGCCAAAGUUUAAAAGAUAAUACAAAAGAACAAUUCUUUUCAAAUUAAUAAAUUAAAUAAAAUUAAAAAUAUGAAAAUAAAAUAAAUAAAACAGUAAUCGUGUCUGUGUGCUCAUUGGUCAGCAGUAUGUAGAAGUAAUUUUUUAUGUAUUAAUAACAGGACUUUAAUGAGUAACUGAAAGAAAAAUGAAACAAAAGUCUCUUCAGAAAAACUCUCCUGUCCGGUUCUGAUAUUUUUACCUCUUCAGUCUGGAACAAAAUAAAUAGUUUUAAAUGGAAA